AUGGGAAAAGAGACAUACCUCAGAGUCCCAAUCUUACCGACAACCGUGGUGCAGGGACAGGGAGGCUAUCACGCCAAUACUGUCAACGCAAACAACCACAACCUAUUCGAGGAAAUACCUUGUUUAGGAAUCACCGCAGACGUGGUGAUGGCCGCCACAUCGGCUCAGGAGAAUCCUGCUAUCGCGUAUCGAGUAGCGACUCCCGCUGGGAGCAUCUUUACUCAAAAUCUAUGCGGCAGUAGUGCCAAUCUUGGACCUAGACGCGCCGAAAUCCGCCAACGUCUAAACGGACUGGGAAUAACAGAGAAUGAUUUCCUAGAAUAUGUAGCUGGAACUAGGUUUAAUCUAGUCUACCUACUGCAACUGUCCGACAUGCUCUCAAAAAUCGAGACUUUCCGGAUGGAGAAGAUGACCAUCCCAUCAUUGACAAUUCAUGGUGGUGAGACAAUGGUCAUUCAAACACUACCUAAUGUGGAUGAGGACCCGAACGUAAAAUGGACCGACCGCACAGUGCAAGCGCAAUCACCAGCCAGUGAUUCCACCGCACAAAUUGGAGCGUCAUUCGUUUUCGGCUUUCAACUACACAAGGAGACGCUGCCUGAUGACGCAGCAAACACGCUCGCAUUAGGAGCCGCAAACUGGAGUUGCAUAGCUGCAGCCCCUGACGCGGCACAGCCAUGGAAAAUGCUCCCGGCUUGGAAUGCGAAUAAGAACUGCGUCUUGAUAGGGACAGAAAAACUUCAAAACUACUUUAACAAGCGUCUAGCAAUUCCAACCUAA